AUUUAGGGAGGGUUUAAAAAUAUCCUGCCUGCAUUAAUGGGCAAUAUUCCCAAUGGCGCAGCAGCCCUGCGUGGACACGGAGCAGCCCUCGCCCCCCAGCCUCGGAUAUGGCCCCCCCCAGAAGCCCCUCAGGGCCGGCCCAGGGGCUGUAUCCUGCAGUCCCGGGCACUGAGCCCCAUCCCAAAUGGUUCUGAUCGCCAUGACAACGCUGACUUCAGCCCCUGCCACCUACUCAGGCUCAGAGACACUGGGUGCUGGCUGAUGGAUUGGUGCGGGCACUGGACCGAGGAUGUCCUCGAUGUUCGGCAAACCCCGAGCCAGCGCCGAGCGGCCGCCCCAGACCCCCCUCCCCGAGUGCAAUGUGGCCAUCCUGGGGUGCCGAGGGGCCGGCAAGUCAGCCCUGACUGUCAAGUUUCUAACCAAGAGGUUCAUCAGCGAAUAUGAUCCCAACUUGGAGGACACGUACACCUCGGAGGAGCUGGUGGACCAGCAGCCUGUGCUGCUGAAGGUGAUGGACACGGCUGACCAGGAUGGUCCCGGGAACUGCGAGCGAUACCUGUGCUGGGCCAGUGCCUUCCUGGUCGUCUACAGCAUCGAGGACAGGAGGAGUUUUGAGGGCUGCCAGCGCUACCUCGAGGUGCUCGCCCUGCACGCCCGGGGCUGCCAGCGCCACUGCCCCGUGCUCCUGCUGGGAAACAAGCUGGACAUGGACCAGUACAGGGAAGGCACAACAGGGCCAUGUGGAGUGAAGCAGCAAGCCCAGCCCACUUCUGGGGGCAAGUACCCUGGUGAUGGUCACAGCCUUCAAUUUGCACCGUGUCCCUGGAACACACCAGGGCAAACCCCACCAGCUGCACUGUGUCAGGCUCUGCCUGGAGAGAGGCUGAAUCCCCCUCUGGGAGGAGACAUUAUCUCGGCAAAGCUUCCUGCCUGUCUUCACCCAUGGCCUGCUUCUUCUCACCAGAGGUAGCUCUGGCUGGUGCCCAGAGGCGAGAGCAGAGAGUUGGAGCAGUCCCAGCUCGUGUAGCCCGUGCUGGCACAGAGACUUGUCUGCACUCUGUCAGCCCCCGACACAGAGAGGCAGCUCUGCGUGCCAUGAUUCACCAAAGAGUCGCCUUGCCAAAACCAGUCCUGGAAAUCUGACUCUGGAUUACAGUUCUCCAGUAAUAAAUUCCUAUUUGUUGGACUGGCUUGUAAACACAGGUUGAAUUUAGCAUUUUUUAUCAGAAAAGCUUCAGUGUCUACAAAGAAAACAACAUAUGAGUGCAGCCAACCCCAAAGCACAGGACACACACACACACACAGAGUGCAAAUGGGAAUGACACCCAGUUCGAGAACUGGGGGCAACUUUUCUCAUGGCUGAGCCAGGCUGCUGCUGGUGUAUACCAAGGAAAAUGGGUCCAGAGAGAGAAGAAACCAUAUUUCCAGAAAGUUAAGGUCUUUGCACAUGUGACCUACUUCACCCACACCAUUAUCCUCUAAGCCAGGACUCUACCUUGCAGCAGGAAAAAUGGUAUUAACCAGAAGAUCUUCAUAUUUGUAUAUGCAGCUGGAAUGGAUCACACCUUCACCAGUGUCUCUUCAGUGGUGCAGAUGCCUGGGAAAGAGACAAAGAAACUGAGCUGAGGGAUAACCUGAUUCCCCUCUCUGCUCCAGCUUGGUAUCCAGAGAGGGGACCUCAUGCACCCCUGCAGCUGUGGUGUGUUUUCUUCUGUGAACAUGAGUCUGAGCUGCCAGGACAGGGUGCAGAAAUCUGGGAACCACUGAGGUGACAGGGAGUGGGUGUGGCACAGGGUCUGCUGCCUGGGUUGGAUCACCCUUGCCGAAGUGAUCCCACGAGCUGUGAGCUCAGCUGCUGUGAGCCAGCCCCUCAACAAACCCUCUAAGCUUCCCUCCUUGCUCCCCUGACACGAUCCAGAGAGAGCACAUACUUUGGACAGUGCCUACCUGCUGCCAAUCCAUGGAUGGCAGAAUAAGGGUGUGGAGACGAGGAAGUGGAGGGCUGAGCUCCAAGACAAGGCAAGGCCAGCUUGCCAUUGAGGUUAGGGUGUCUCCCAUCCCUCAGGGAAGCAGAAGGCUCCUCCUUGACCUUUAGUCCCUCAUUUGCCAAUGGCAUCAAUCCAGCUUUUAUGGCUGCUGGUCCAAAUUAUUUCUUAAGCCUCCUUUGGAGGGACCUGCCCUGAGCAGGGGUUCCUGGCUGUCCACUGUGAGUUGGUGAGAUGUUUAAGUGGCUCUCCCCAGCCCACGGCUCACUGGCCUCACCUAAACCAUCACCCACUGGCAGGUCAAUGACACCACAACACACGUGUGUCCCUCAGGCACUCUGGCCCCACAGGCCAUUAAUUAUUAUAUGAAUUAUUAUAUACUUUUAUGACAGUCUGAUACUCUCAACUUUCACCUGCCUUUGUCGUGUGGCCUGGAGCUGUCUGAAACUGUUCCCUGGGAAACUGCUCAUGGCCACAUUCCACUGCGCCAGGCGUGUCAACAAUGCUGCUGCUGACUCCUCGGGGAAGCAUUUGUCCCCUCGGUUAUAGACCUAAUGAUUGCUACUAUUUAGCCCCCAUUCUCAAUGUCUUCACAAUUCAAAGUUCAGAUUUUAUAGCCAACCAGGCAUGCAGGCUUGCUCCCUGCUGCCAGAAAACCACCUGCUAGCAAUUCUUUGAGGAGGGGACUCUCAAGUACAUGCGUGGUCCACUUUGUAUUUCGGAAAAUGUGGGUAAACCUGCUCCCUGCAGUGAGGUGUGCCAAUUACCUUCCCAUCCAGGUAACCUUUAGCUUGUUCACAUGGAUCACCCCUCACAAAGGAGGAAAUAAAGUCUUGAUGCCAAUGAAAAUAAGUUACAACUCAGCUACACCCUAAUGAGAAGUGGCACUUGAAUGUGUUAAAUCUUGCUGUGCAAGGCUUCUGACUAAUCAUUUGCUCGAACAGAAAUAUUUGACAAGCAUGGUGCUGAUUUUCUCCUAAGGUGUUUCAUAACUUGUGGGCCACCUCCCGGUGUCCAUGCACAGCAGGGAUGCUGGAAAGCUGCUGGAAGUACUUCACUGCUUCAUAAAGUAGUGACCAACUGCCAAGUCUCCCCAGAGGUGGGAGGCCAGAACUUCUCAGGUACAACACAGCAGCAGAACGGAUAUUUAUUGUGCGUUAACAGGAAAUUUAGGUAAAAUACUUUAAA